CGAGAGAAGAUGGACACCAAAGAGGCAACGAGCGACGCAGUAAGCCUUCUGUCAUGGGAGCAAGUGAGCCGCCUGGACGAAGUCUUAAGUGAGGUGGUGCCCGUCCACGGUCGUGGCAACUUCCCUACGUUGGAGGUGCGCUUGAAGGACAUUGUGGCUCGGGUGCGCUCCAGCCUAGCCCUGAGUGGCAUCCGUGUAAAAGACGUACGCCUGAACGGCUCGACGGCAAGCCACGUGCUGGUGCAGGACCUGGGCUGGAGCUACAAGGACCUUGACGUCAUCUUCAGGGUGGACCUUCCACACGAGUCAGAAUUUCGACUGAUCCGCGACGUGGUGCUGGGUACCCUGCUGGACUUCCUGCCUGAGGGUGUCAAUAAAGAGAAAAUCACACCCGUGACUUUGAAAGAGGCUUACGUGCAGAAGCUGGUCAAGGUCAAUACGGAGCAGGACCGCUGGAGCCUCAUCUCUCUGUCCAAUAACAACGGCCGCAACGUGGAGCUCAAGUUUGUCGACUCCAUCCGCCGGCAGUUUGAGUUCAGCGUGGACUCCUUCCAGAUCAUCCUGGACUCCGUGUUGGCUUUUUAUGAAGCGGACGCUGCUGCGUCAAUGUCACCCGAGCGCCACCCGGCAGUGAGCGGCGAGAGCGUCUAUGGAGACUUCCACGUGGCGCUGGGCCACCUGCGUGACAAGCUUAUCGCCACCAAGCGGCCGGAGGAGAUCCGCGGCGGCGGUCUGCUCAAGUACUGCAACCUUCUGGUGCGUGACUUUCGGCCCGCCAGCGAAGAAGAGUUCAGGGGACUGGAGCGCUACAUGUGCUCACGAUUCUUCAUCGACUUCCCGGACAUCGGCGAGCAGCAGCGCAAAGUAGAGGCGUACCUCCAGAGCCACUUCGUGGGCGAGGAGGCCAGCAAGUACGAUUACCUCAUGAUCUUGCGCCGUGUGGUCAACGAGAGCACAGUUUGCCUCAUGGGCCACGAGCGGCGCCAGACGCUGCACCUCAUCUCGCUCAUGGCCUUCCGCGUACUUGCCGAGCAGAACGCCAUACCUGAUGCCUCCUGCGUCACCUGCUAUUAUCAGCCGGCGCCUUACGUGCGCGAUCACAACUUCAGCAACUACUACGUGGCGAACCAGAAUAUUCCCACGUGGCUGCCGUGCAACUGA